UAGGGGAAAGGCGAUCGUCUUCUGACAUUUGCUUUGAUCCCUAUGGCGUUCUUCAAGAGCUUCUUGCCUUUCCUCGUCAUGCUGCUGCUCGCCUGCAGCGUCCAGGGCCAGUUAUUGCCCGACUUCUACAAGAGCACCUGCCCAAGACUCCAGCGAAUUGUGAGAUCGGCCACGAAACAGGCCAUCGAUAAGGACCCCAGAAUGGGGGCCGCAGUGCUCCGCCUCUUCUUCCACGACUGCUUCGUCACCGGCUGCGAUGCGUCGGUGCUUCUGGAUGACACACCCACCGCCUUGGGCGAGAAGAAUUCGCCUCCCAACUUCAACUCUCUCCGCGGCUACGAGGUCAUCGACUACAUCAAAGCGCGCGUCGAAGCAGCUUGCCCGGCGACCGUGUCGUGCGCCGACAUCCUCGCCCUCGCAGCUCGUCACAGUGUUUCAGUGCUCCGUGGACCAAGGUGGCAGGUGCCGCUGGGUCGCAGGGACGCAAGGACGGCGGCGAGCCAGUUGGAGGCCGGCGCCAACCUUCCCCCUGCCGGCAUGGAAGUCCCAGGCCUCAUCGGUAUAUUCGCGUCCAAGGGACUCGACGCCAAGGACAUGGUCGCGCUCUCCGGCGCCCACACCAUCGGCGAAACGCGGUGCGGCGUCUACCGCUCACGCAUCUACACCGACAACAACGUCGACCCCAACUUCGCCGCCAUCCGCAAGAACAACUGCCCGCCUUUCGGCGACGACAACAAGUGGACGCCGCUCGACCUGCAGACGCCGACGCGCUUCGACAACAAGUACUACAGUAACCUCCUGGGUGGGCGCGGGAUGCUGCACUCGGACCAGGCGCUCUACAGUGGCGGACCGGCUGAUAGUCUGGUGAAGUUAUACAGCGCCAACAAUUCCGCCUUCUUCGCCGACUUUGCGCUGGCAAUGACGAAGAUGGGGAACAUUAGCCCUCUUACGGGAGCCAACGGGGAGAUCAGAUUGAACUGCAGGAAGCCAAACUGAUGGUGACGACGACGAUCACCAUCACCACGAUCAGGGUCAAGACUGUGGGAUUGCUGUGUUCAGAACGAUGUAUUUUUCAGCCUGCAGAAUGACGUUUUGUUCUCGAGAAGAAACAAUUCUU